AUGCCAAAGCCUAUACCUAGAGACCCUUUCACCUUCUCCCCUCCAGCAGAAACCACAAAAUCACACUUCUCCGCUUCCCCCAGGGCCCAAGAGUAUCUCCAGAACACGGAGCUGCAUCCCUUCACCACCGAAGCGAGAAAGCCAAAGGGGCAGAGUACAGCCGACAGGCUCAUUGCAAAUACGCUAGCGACGGGGGACACGAUUGCGGCGUGGCAAUCUCUUUACAAGCCGGCUAAGGCAUCUGGUGAUGGUAAUGAUGGCAAAGAAGGGGAGAGGCCGUAUGGAGAGGCUAUCAACUUGCUGAAGAUUGGGGAGGGCGUCAAUGGACAUAUAGAUACUGCGCAUGGGGGGUUUCUGGGGACUGUGCUCGACGAAUGUAUCGGUAACGUCGGCGAGUACGAGCGUCCGGAAGGAACACGCACCAUGACGGCCUACCUGAACGUCAACUAUAAGCGGCCAGUGCCAACGCCGAGCGUUAUUAUCGUGAGAGCAUGGCUGGAUAGGAUUGAGGGCAGGAAAAUGUUUGGGAAAGGAGUUAUUGAGGACGAAGAGGGACGGAUCUGUGUAACAGCUGAGACGCUAUUUUUGACUGUGAAGGAGAUUGCUAGUGGGAAGGCGAGGUUGUGA